CCUCGCUUGCAGUAAUCGUUUGCAGUCUUACUUGCAUAUUUCUUUGCAGCAUUCACCCGUGGGUACUCCGUACUCACUUGCAAUACUAGAUAACUUACAACAGGCACCCACAAUACACCUGCAGCACCCGCAGUGCUGCACUCACCCGCGGUCGCGUCAGGCGGACCGUCAGGCUGACUCCAACUUCCACCUCUCUCUGCACCAUGAGCGUUCCAGCUACAGAACUGCAUCCGCCAGGACCAGGCUCCGACCGGCCGGCUGCAAACCUCCGGCGGAGCUGUGUCUUCUGCCGCACCAGGAAGAUCCGAUGCUCUGGCGAAUCGAUCUGCAGCGCCUGCCAGAAGCGCAACCUCAGCUGCGUCUACAGCCCGGAAGCCAAGAAGGGACGGCCCAAGCAAAAAGGGACCGCCAUUCUGGCUUCGCUCGCGCAUCCCAAUCCUACCGUCGACAGAGAGACCCCCCGGCAGCUCGAGAAUGGCGCUGGUGAGACGUACCCCAUGGACUAUGUGGUGGGCGAUGAUCUAGAGGGCAUGUUUAACAUCUACUUCAUCACCGGCAAGGACCCUCGCAACAACAUCUUCGACACCUCGAUUGCUUCGUAUGUGCGGAAUUCGAGAAUAUCACGGGGAACGGCGGUCCCUCCGGCGCCACCGAACCCUAGCUACGAUGGGUUGCUGUCUUUCAUGGCCUGCGAGAUGGUGGGGAUAGUACCGCUGCGGUUCAGCCAUCUGGGGAUUCAGCGAUCGAAUUCCCCGCAUCAAAACUAUUAUAUCACCAGCUUGGCGGCAGACACUACCCCAGAUAUGUUCGACGACAUCGAGUGUCCGAUUGAGAAUCCGAUGGCGCUGGGAGAACACCGCAUCCUGCAGCUGGUGGAUAUCUGGUUCUCGGUGCAUCCGCUGUCGCCGCUAGUCUCGAAGACGCUCCUCACGAACGACAUCCAAAAUGGGACGGUGGAUGAGGCCCUGCUCGCGAUCAUCUUGGCCGAUGCAUGCGAGAUCCACACCGCCGUGGACAGGCCUGGGGAUGCUCACAAUGACCCGUCCGCAUGGUUUCAGUUUGCGGUCUCGCAACUAAGACAGCGCUCGAUGUCACUAGCAGACCCGAAGGCUCUCUCCACGGGCCAAGCGCUGUUUCUCAUGUCGUGGAGGGAGUUAUGUCUAGGUGAUGUCCGUCGCGCUACCUGCUUUAUGGGGUAUACCUGCCGGAUUACAGCGGCGCUGUAUGUUUUCUGGCAGGAGGACAGUUCGCGUGUGCGCAGCAGAAAGUUCAACGGUCUGGAUAUCGGCCUUGUCGAGCAGCAGAUCCUGCAAAACGUCUACUGGCUGUGCUUGUCUAUCACCGUUUGGGGCUUUAUGCAGAUCGACCAGCCGUUCUCCAUCCUCACCCCGGAAAACACGCCGGACUUUCCGUGCUUGAAUGAGUCGGCAUCGCUCCUCCUCCGACUGGACCGCGCGUCGGGAAACAUCUCGACCUUGCAGGCACAGGUCCAGGCCAUCCGGUGUCUGUGGCCGCUCUGCCAUAUCACCAGUACGGUCGGACACAUAUACACACUGUACCUCAACGAGUCUGCAGAGGAUAAGUCGGCUCAGUCGAUGCCAUGGCAGAAGCAGCAUCUCUACGAGUUCCACCAACUGUUCCAGUCCUGCUUCGACCGAUCUGUGCUAGCAACGCGGGUACGCAGGAUCCUCCUCCAGGCCAUCGAGCACGUCAAGAACAAGGUCACGAUCACGUCCACUCGGGAUUUCCUCCUGAAUGCCUACCAUACCCUCACCAUCCACAUGCUGUUCUCCGCCGACAAAAAAGGCGACCAGCCGGUCAUCUCGCCGUCGAUCAUCGACUCCUUCUGCGAGUCUACCCUUGCACUCCUCGCCAUCGCGCAGACGCCCAUGCAGCCAACAGGACCAAUGCCCACGCAGACAUCCACAGGACUAGACGCCACACACAUGAUGGUGUUCGGACUCGAUACCUGCGGUCGAGGCCUCUCAUACAUCUACAGCCGACACGCACAGGGGUCGACCGACGAGCGCGACACCGUCGCCACGCGGCAAGACCAGCUAGCCAGCAUCGCGGACCAGCUGCACCAAGCCUGCAAAGGCGACUCGGUGGCGCGCAUCGGGUCUGCCAUCUCGCCAGUGAAGAAGCGGUUCAAGCGGGUGAAACUCGCUUUCCAGACGCUGGGCUUCUCCUCCCCCUCCUCCACCACCACCCCAUCGGCAUCCUCCGUCCAGGACAGCAGCAGCUGGUAUUUUGCUAAUGAGCUGCUGGCCCCGACAUUCGGGCUUGAUCUACCCGUCCUGGACCCGACUGACUCGCUGGGCUCCUUCGCUUCCCUGACCCCCGACAUGGCCAUGGCUCUCCCCGAGCCGCCGAUGGAGGUCAUCAACACGGGCUUUUUCGGUGAACCGGCUGCGGGCUCGCUCCUGGGCUUCCCGGGUCUGGUACGGGCGAAUAUGCAGAUGCAGAAUUAUGAGCUCCCUCUCGAGCCGGACUUUAUGGGCUUGUUCACACAGACUUGAUAACCUCAACCUCAACCUCAACCCUGGCACCUACCCUGUCCAUCCCAUCAAACCACCCACCUCAAAUCAUAAGCAUAUAGUAUAGUAUAGCAUAG